AUGGCAACUCUGCUAUGGGGCUAUCUUCGCAUACCCUUCCUAGCUGCUUCCGGCCUGGGCAUGGUUCUAAGUAGUGGCCUUUUCUACUACCAGAAUGAACUGAUCUAUCCUCGGAAUAUCCCUCCGAAUGCUCGUACCGAUGUUCCAAGGCCAUCUCAGCUUGGACUCGAUGCCGAAGAGCUUAGUCUGCCUACGCCAGACGGUGAAACACUAAGUGCAUUUCUCAUCAAGCCGGGGAAUGCUAGCAAGGCAAAGAACGUGACUCUCCUGAUGUUCCAUGGCAAUGCUGGAAACAUCGGACAUCGGCUUCCUAUUGCAAAGAUUCUAGCGAAUGAAAUGUAUUGCAAUGUCUUGAUGCUUCAGUAUCGAGGUUACGGCUUGUCCACGGGUAACCCCAAUGAAAAGGGCAUCGCCAUUGACUCCCAAACUGGACUUGACUACAUCCGGAGCCGAGACGACCUCAAGAAGACCAAGAUUGUCGUUUAUGGACAAAGUCUGGGAGGUGCUGUCAGCAUUGGACUUGCUGUCAAGAACAAGGAUCAGGGUGACAUUGCUGGCUUGAUACUAGAGAACACUUUUCUGAGCAUCAAGAAGAUGAUUCCGAGUGUGAUUCCUGCAGCCAAGUACUUGACACCGCUCUGUCAUCAAGUGUGGCCUAGUGAAGAGAUGCUCCCCAAGCUGACCAACACACCCAUCCUGUUUUUGAGCGGGCUGCAGGAUGAGAUUGUACCGCCAUCGCACAUGAAGAAACUGUUCGACAUCUGUCGCUCAGAACCAAAAAUCUGGAAGGAGUUCCCUUAUGGCGAUCAUAACAACACAGUUGCAGAGGCAGGAUAUUUUCACAACAUCCAGGAUUUCCUCGAUAGGUACAUUGCUUCAUAA